AAACGAAACAUAUUUUUUAAAUCAAGUAGUUAAUUGUAUCGUUUCACAAUUGCCGUUUGAGUUACACAAUGGCAGAAAACGGUAUGAGUAUUGAUCUCAAUCAAGUAGUACAAACGGCUCUCUCUGAUUUUGAGAACGUGCAGUUGGUAUCGGAGAAAAACGACAAAGAAGACGACCGUCAAGUGCUAGCUGACGUGAAGACAAGUGGCGAAAAUUUAAAUCUGGUGAUCAAACUAGGAAAGGGUGUAAAUGUAGCGGAGGGCUUCCAAAGGGAAGCUUACGUAUUAAACAGAGUUACUCCCCUAUUUAAGGAUAUACAAAAGUACUUGAGGAUAAAGAAUCCAGUGCAAGAGUUUCAAAAAUGCUACAAAGUCUUCAACCAGGAAGGUACAGAAAUUAUCGUAUUAGAUGAUAUUGAAAAAAGAGGAUUCGAAGCUGUGUCUGGUGAUUUGAGUGAGCACAAUUUCAAACUAAUACUAAAUACAAUUGCCAAAUUUCAUGCUCUAUCUUUCGCCUUGCGUCAUAUUCACAAAGAAAAGUUCGAUGAAGUACUCUCCAACUGCCAAGUCGUUACGAAGACUAUGUUAGCAGAAGUGGCUCAAUUCUUUGAUGCUCGACUUGAGAAAUUGAAGUUCAGUCUUAAGCUCCGUAUGAGGUUAGAUCUGUUAAAGAAUUUUGAAGAUGCGUUAGAAAAUUUUAACGGAAGAAGUAUCAUUGAUAUUCUAAAUCAAAGUGUCGAGCAUUCUGUUUUAGUUCAUGGAGAUUACCAUCAGAACAACACUUUGUUGAAGUUUGCGGGACAAGACAAGACACAUGCCAUUGAUGUAGCUCUUACCGGUUUCCAAGCUUCCGGACUCCAUUCCCCGGUCAUCGAUCUAUCGUACUACUUCUUCAGCAGUUUAGGAUGCGGAUUCUUCCCCAACGUUUCCGAAUUCUUGAAAUAUUACUACGAACAACUGACGUCUUUUCUUAAAGAGCUCGGUUGUGACGUUGCACAAAUAUAUACUUUCGAAAAACUUCAACAACACUGGCAGCAAUACUCCUUUUAUGGAUUUUGCCUUUCGAUCGCCUAUUUGGAACUGGGUUCAAUAAACUUCGAAAAACAUUUUAGGAAGGAAAACGAAGAGAGUUCUGAGGUAGAAAAACCUGCAGUAGGUGCUCCAAAUGUUGCAAGUGCUAAUGCUUAUAGACAAAAACUUGAAAAGAUCGUAGAGUUCUUUUUAGAAGCUCAACAAGAAUUUUAUUAAUAUGGUAAAGUGUUUUAUAUACUCCGUCUAAUAUACUUACAGCUGCACGUCAUCCGCGUCAUAGCCCGUGAUGUCACAUGAUACCAACACGAAAUAUUUAGGCGGUAGGUGUGUUCCUUUUCAGAAUCAUUUUGCUGAGUACACUGGAAUUACAGCCACUAGAUAUAUUUUAUUAUAUACGCGUAGAAAUAAUAUUUGAAGAUUUCCAUUAAUGUUAACUUAAAGAAAUACACAAUAAUAUGUUUCAUUUAAUGUGUAUAAAUAGAUUACAAAGCGUUUUUAUGAAGAACAUUUGUUCGAAAAACGUUGUAACUUUAAUCGAACGAAGGUGAUACUUUGGCAUAAAUUGGUAACAUUUAUUUGACAGUUACGGUGAUGACACUUCAUAUUUGUUUUUAUUCUUUACUAUAAGUAUUUGUUUUAUUAUACAUUUUUACUGUUUUUAGUAUUUACUUUAACAUAAGGUUAUUUUUUUAGUUCUUGUUAUCUUUCUAUUUAUUUACAUUCAAUAUUAAUUUGUUUUGUUCUAUAAUCCACGUUUGCAAUAAUUAUUUGAUCUAUUUGAUUUAAAAUGGAUUCAGGAUUUUUUUAUACUUUGGUAACUAUGUCAACUUAGAUUUCUGACGUAGAUAAUGACGUGCAACAGUAAGUAUAUUAGACGCACUGUAUGCAUAGAUGUAUAUAAAGUCAAAACAACUGGUUAAAAUUGCUGUUUUUUAUAGCAUAUAUCUAAAUACAAAUAAAAGCUAUAUAUUUA